AUGGAAGGUGGUCAGGAUGUGCAUAGCGAAGUGAGUGUGUCCGAGGAGAGUGAUGAAGAUAAGCCAAGAGAAGUAAUUGUUGAGGAUAGUGAACCUCAAAUCCCUGUGCCACAGUACACUGACGAGGAGCUGGACAAGUUGGUGGAGUUUGUGCAGAAUAUGACCACUCUGUUUGACCUGCACGAGUCAGACUGGACAGAAGAUUGCGUUGAGACGAUCAGGAAGUGGUUCAUGAAUGUAUCUGAGCUAGUGCUGUUGAUUUUCUACGAUGGGAAUGCCCUGAGUGCAUCUUUGGGCUUCCCAGCAGCAUCAGUGCUCGAUUUCACGUACUUCCUGCGUCUGCCCGGGGAGAUCUUCGCCGUGGAUGGAUUCCAUGAUUGCGUCCAAUUUGGGACAAUGCACGAGGUGGAUGGUUCUAUGUUAGCUCUCUUGGAGAUUGUCUUCGCGCCCAUUUUUUUCGCAUAUGAACCAUGGUCAGAGAGCGUUAAGUCUGCUUGUCUUGAGGCUGUCCAUGGGUUUCUGGCCCAUGUGAGUCACUUGCAUCAUAAACUGGCAGGAUUCACGGUCCUCUACAUACCAACAGAGGGAAUGCAUUUAGAACCUCUGGAAGCUGUUAAGGAUCCUCGAUACUUGAAGCGUUUGGAAGCUGUGGCCACGCACUGGAUGACACAGAUUCGUACGGCUUUAGCUGACACGGAUCAGACGGAUCAUGACAGUGUUUGUCCAUCUGAUGAAUAUGAUUUCUGGCUUUACAGACAUGAAACACUUUUGGCACUUACAAUGCAAAUUAAAUGCCGUGAGGUGUGUCAUAUAAUGGAGAUCCUGGAGAAGUCCCAGUCAAUCUAUCGAAAGCAAUUAGCCAUCCUCUUUGAAGACUGUCAGAAGGAGCUGGAACGAGCAGAGUCGAAUUACAAAUUCCUUUCAAUCCUCGUGACUCCAAGUCAAGAACUGGAGAAUGCAUCGAAUCCCUUGGACAUUCCUGCGAUUCUGCCAAAGAUCAUGCAUUCAAUCUAUCUGAUAUGGACCCAUUCGAAGUUCUACAGUUCACCCAAGGAGAUCACUGGCCUCUUCAGGGCACUCAGCAAUCACAUUAUUCUCUAUUGUCGCACCAAAAUCGAUACAAUUGGCAUCUUGCGGGGGCGUCCCAAUGAGGGUGUCCGCGUAUGCCUGAUGGCUCUCGAUUGCUGCAUCGCCCACAGGGAGAUCUACGAGAGCAUCAAGAGACAACAUGAGGAGGAAACAUCUGGCGAAGUGGACUGGAGAAAGCUCGAUGAAGCAGCAAUUUUCAAUCAUGUGGACACCUUCAUGCGACGCCUCUGCAACAUGGUGGACAUUUGUGAGUCAAUGAUGGUCUUUGGGCGCUACAAUGAGAAUCAGAAGAUUGCGGCACCGCGAUUUGGUGGAACGCGGGGACCACAAUUCGAGAACGCCUUUGUGGCUGUCGAAAGGAUGUACAAUGAGGGCCUAGAAGCCAUCAAGAGGGAGCAUGAAGUGAUCUUCGAUGUACGCAAUAACACUUGGCAGAAAACAAUGGAAGACUUCAGAGGAAUGCUAAAGGACCUCGAAGAAAUAGUGGGAAAUUGGAUGGAUCAAAUAUUUCAGACAGUGGCAAAUGUAGAUGAAGGUGUCGAAGCUCUUUGCGCUCUGACAAACUUCUACAAUAGGAAGAGCCUGCAGCAGGCCUAUGUAGCUAAAGUAAUGCUGGUAUGGAAUCUCUUGAUCGAAGAGAUCAAUGACACAAAUGCAUAUCUCCUGGAAAAUUCCGAAACGCGUUCGUCACUUCAUCCUAAGCACGCUGGAAGAGCCAUCAUUGGGACAAUUUGUCUCAAUAAGAUCCUACGUAUUAAGAAUAUCCUGGUUGAUUCAGCUUGGAUGGUAGAUGUUCCGAAUUCUCCAGGAAUUCUAGCCCAAUUUGAGGUCAUGGAGAAGAAUGUGAAGACCCAAGUGAGGGAACUUCGGGAUCACUGGGCCAAUUCCGUCAAGGAAGAAGUGGUUCAGUGUCUUCAGAGAUCUCUCAUGCUAAGAAGUGUGUCCCGUCCGGGCCUGUUAGAAUGCAACAUUGACCGGAAGGUUCUCAAUCUUUUCGACGAUAUCAUUUACUUCCAGUAUCUGGGGUUUCCCAUACCAAUCCACUUAAACCUCUUCUUUGGGAAAUACGAAACCACAAAGAUCACAUUUGAAAGUGUUCUAACUGUUGUGCUGGAUUACAAUAGGAUCCUUACAGGAUUGUCAGACAAGGAGAGACUCUUGUUUAAGGCACUCAUUAAACUCUGUGACAAAAAAGUCACAAUGGGCAUCUACAAGCUUAACUGGGCAGGAGACUUCAGUGACAAUUACAUCCAUGAUUGUGUUAUGUACACGAGUCAGGUGCAGGAAUUUGUCAACAUCUACAAAAUGAGCAAUAACAAGAUCGUGGACAUCUGUGAGAAGAUCUGUGAUCUGCCAAUCCUAAGGAUUUCCACGGUGUCUGCAAUGGAUCUGAAGAGCGUGGAGGAGAAUAUAAUGAAUGAAAGAGAGCAAGCUCUGAUGCAGCUCACGGUUCACUACAAGGACAUCGUUGAUCACAUUGUGACGGUUUACCAGGGAUUCGAGGAUCAGAUGGAGAACAUGCUGGAAGAGUGGUCUAAGUAUGUAGAGAAGAUAGACGCCUUGGUGCUGGAGGCAUUCCAUUGCAGUGUGAAAUUUGGCCUGGAGAAUAUCUUCACUCGUAUUCAUGGCGAUGGAACUCUUGGUCCAAGUCCACUGAUAAAAGUAGAAGUGAAUCUCGUGAGCAAUCGCCUGUCUUUCACACCCUCCAUCGAUGAUGUUCUUUCGGUAAUCCUCCAAGUAUUCUCUGACAUUAUGGUGGUGCUCAAGGGAUUUCCGCGCCUCGUUCAUCAUCUGAAUCUCCCAAAGAUGGAGCAUGUCAAGAAAUUUCAUGAAAUUCUCAGCAAUGAUGAUGAAUGCUUGGGAAUAUUCUCAAAGAUUCAAGAUGAGCUGCGUCAUAUGGAGCACUGCAUGGUAACAUAUUGCGAAACAUGGGCCCCAUUCAGAUCACAGUGGGAAUUGGACAAAGAUGUGUUCAUGGACAACUACGAGGCGACAAAUCCCUCACCGGAAAUGUUCCACAUCAACAUUAAUCGUUACACCGAAGUGGCAAAUCUCAUUGCCAAUCAAGAGAAUAUUUCUCUUGUUGGAUUCUUAGCCGUGAACUCUGUUAAACUUAAGAAUACUCUUAUUGAGCAUAUUGACGAGUGGCAGGGCCGACAUACACACCUUCUCAAGACAAGAUCGUGCGCAAAGAUCGAGGAGAUUUAUGAGUAUAUGGACGAGAUGGGCAGUCAGAUUGUGGUGAAGCCAAGAAGUGCAGAGGCAAUGAGGGCUGCUCUUGAUCUUCACAGUCGCCUGAUGGAAGAAGUUCCGGAGAAAGAAGCUUCUUUCCAGAUCAUCAAGGAUCAUUUUACCACUUUAGAUAAGCACAGUAUUAGUGUAUCUGGAAAAAUUCAGAAGAUGCUUUUCAACUUGGAGGCCACAUGGGCCAUUUAUCUGGACAAGUUGAAAGACUCGGGAGAAAUGCUGAUGACGUCGAAAGAUCAAUUUUUCAUUGAAUAA